AUGCGCCACUAUAAGGCUUCCGCGGCGGGGUGUAGACAACUAACCUCCCUCUUUGUAGGGAGUCGAACUUCUAUUCUGGAAGCAAUCUCCGCCUCUCCACAAAGAAGGGACUUCUCCUUUCCUCCCCACCCUGACAAUCACAAGCGCUUUUUCUCAAAAUCCACCUCGGAAUGGAUCAGCCGCUUUCGAUUCGGCACUGAUUCGGGGAUGUUUUUUGGCGUCCCGAUCGAGGCCUCCGAUGAGGCUGCGCAAUUCACCCGAAAGUUGUAUUGUCGUGCAUUAUUAUACGCUUCCGGGGGAAGUACGAUGGCGCGCGAUUGGAUCGCAGGGUGCUCCGCCCUGAUGACCUCGGACGAUGCCAUUUUGUCGAUUGCCCUUCAACACCUCGCCAAGGCCAACGACGUGGUGGAUUUUCGCGCUCACAUUCUCAAACGUCUACUGCAGGAGGACGAGCACGAUGGUGCCGUCUCGCCGGGAAAAGAGGGAAAUGAAAUGUCCAAUAUCCUGAAAAGAAAUUCUCCAUCGGAGGCAUGGGAUCGCAGCAAGGUCUCAGUGGAGGAAAUACGGAAAAUGGAAAACUAUGUUCUACAGGAUUCCGCCAUCGUGCGCUGCUUUCUCUAUGACGCCAUGACCGCGAGUCUGUUUAAAUGCCGGGAUGAGCUCUCCAUCGUUGAAGAGGCCCGCCAAUGGGCGUUUGAUCUCAAUGCGCAGUAUUUCGGCCUCCCAGCGGAGGAUCUCACGGCGAUAUGGCGUCUUGUUAUAGCUGAAUUUAUCCUAAAGGAGGAGAAAAAGAAUGUACUAGGUCAACCAUGGGGUGACUAGAACGUUUUCUGACUAAAGGAAUAGUAAAGCGAACAUGAAGAGGCUAGAUGCCGUGCGUGAGAGCUAAUAUGCUCUGUUAAAUAAUUUUUUACGGUAAUAUGUGUCUAAAGUUGAAACUGUGCAAAAAAAAAUGGUGGAAGUACUAGAUUUGCGUAUCAGAUUCUUCAAAUCUGUAUGCCUUCAGGAAAAGUACGUUUUAUACAUGUAUUUUAUACCAUUAUCUCUCUGUUUAAUUGUUAUUAUUCAUUAUUCAUGGUCCAGGAAUGCAAUUACUAAUAUAUUUUGCCCCACUCUGUGCCAUGUUUUUGGUUCCUAUUGCGUAUUAUUGAAUGGGCUAUCUUGCUCGUGUGCUCCUCUCGUUAUCACAG